CCCCGCCUGCCCCACCCCCGCGCCGCGGAGCGCCCAGUCUCGCGUUCUCGGGGAUGUGCCGCAACUAUGGGGACGGCUGCGGGCGGUAAGGCGUACUUCCAGAGAGGCAGUCUGUUCUGGUUCACCGUCAUCACCCUCUCCUUCGGGUAUUACACGUGGGUUGUUUUCUGGCCCCAGAGUAUCCCUUAUCAGAGCCUCGGGCCCUUGGGCCUCUUCACUCAGUACUUGGUGGACCAUCAUCAUACCUUCCUGCACAAUGGGUAUUGGCUUGCCUGGCUGAUUCACGUGGGAGAGUCCCUGUACGCCAUGGUUUUGUGCAAGUCCAAAGGCAUCACAGAUGGUCGGGCUCAACUACUCUGGUUCCUACAAACUUUCCUCUUCGGGAUAGCAUCUCUCUCCAUCUUGAUAGCUUACAGACCAAAACGCCAGAAACAGACUUAAAGAAGAUAUUCAAAAGCUUUCUUUACACUUUUGACGUUCAGCUUCACUGUUUUGGGGUGAGGAGGGGGUAUCUUCCUACUUUUCCAGAAAUUUAAGACCCUCUAGUCAUUCAUUAUUCUUUCAUACACUCUGGUCGAGCGUGACUAAAUGAUAGGAAAGGAUUUAAACUUCCCAGUUCUGUAGACUCACCUGUUUGGCCAAGGGCUUCCAGCUACCCUCUUGAGGUUCCUAGUCGUGUUUGUGCUCCUUGUGUCAUCUGGUUUAAGCUUGUACUAAAACGGCUUUUUGAUAUAACUUUGCUCCCACCUUCUGACCAAGACACCAUACCCUUACUGCCCCAGCUUAGCUCUCCUUUCUCCCAAUUUUUUCCACCUUUCUGAACCAAAACAGAGUGACAUUUCCACAGCACAUCAAUGCCACACGCACUAGGCACCUGGGAAGCAGGAUCUUAUCCUCUCAAACUUCCAUUUCUCACACACCAAGAAAGAUAAGGAAGAUAAGCAAGUGCGUGGAAUGGGCCAGGCCCAGCAGUAACCUGGAGGCACAGAGGACACACUGGGUACCUAGAGGAGAGGAUUGGAAAUGCCUUCCCUGAUCGAGCUAACCAGAAGCCAUCCUUCCCUCUGCAUGGCCCUGAGGACACAGCACUCUGUGGUGUGCAGGGGUCUGAUAGCCACUGCUAGAUGACUCCUUCCAGUCAGGAUCACAUCUUAGCUUGAUUUUUUUUUUUUUCAGCACCCGUCCCAUUGCCUUACACACAGGUGUUCUGUCAGUGUUUUCUGAACCACAGACCGAAAACUGUAUUAACUUUCCAUUUGUUCACUAUCAUUCCAGUUGUUCUAUGAAAACUAUAGAACCUACUCAGUGUAUUCUCUUCUCAAGAAAAGCACAGGACUGCCCUUGACUGGUGGUGCCCCCUUUCUCAGGGUCCCUGGUAGGAAACCUGUGUCUUUUUCCCACUUGCCUAUUCUUAGUCAUUUUCUCCAAUCUCAGUAGCAUCUCCCUCCAGCUCCGGCUUACUCAAACACACAUGUUCCUGAGCUAGAAAUUCGAACUGGAAGCUAGUGACUACCUCUCCCAUUCACCUGAGUAGACCUUUUUAACUACUGACUGGUCAGGGCAGAAGGGUCACUGACUCUGUUCCCUGAUCUUGGCAGAAUGACUCUGCCACCUAGGAGCCACUAGGGUUGUUUCUUGGAGGACCGCCUAGGCAGUCCCUAGUUCUGUAGGGACUAGACCGUAUUUUCCUUCUAUGAUGCAGUAGGGCACAUUUUCUAUUUUAAGCAAAUGUUUAUGAGACCCCUUUGCCGCCAAAAAGAGACCCAAGUAAAAGUACAACCCUGAAA